AGUGUAGAUAACGCGAGUAGAAUGACGCUACAGAGUAAGAUAGUUUGUUGGCUAAGUUUUGAAAGACAAGAUCAUUUAACAUAUUGCUGAAAGCAAGAUGAAGUUCUUCAUUUCUUGUAGCUUGAUUGUUCUGUUGUGUUUCGUGUUCAGCUUUACCGAAGCUGCGUCAAAACAACGCGAUAAACGCUCGAUCUCCACAGAUCAAUGCCCUCAAAACUUAACACUGGAAGAGUGUAAGAAUUGGGUGGAGGAAAAGUCGAAAACGAUGAAUUGGUGUCAUAGAUAUUACUUGAGUGGAUUGAGUAUCGAAUGGCAGCGUUGCGGAAGAGCCUUUUGCGGAGAGAACACCAGACUGGUGGACGAAGAUUUAAGCAGGCCCUAUCCCGACUGCUGUGAGCGCUGCGAAAUUAUCGAUCCUUCAAAACCGGCCAAGUGGUCCGCCACCGGAAAAUAACUUUCGCUGCUUCGAAAUUUCAUUCUUGCAAAUGCAACCGAAUGUCAAUGGAAAAAAAUUUUGUCUCCGCGAUUUAUAAGGUUAAUAAAAGUUGAUUAUCGCACGCGAGUCUUUCCCAAGAACUUUUCUUUCGCUAAAUGUUAAAAAAUUAUCAAUUAAUGAUUAGAUUUUAAUUAGAUGUUAAUAAUUCGAUGUUAAUAAAUUAUCUGUGUGCACUUUGCAAAAGUUUAUAAAUUAUUCAC